AACUCUUUUCUUUUCGUACAACCCUAGUCUCGCGUCAAGUUAGUUAUCUUGGCACCCGCCCGACUCGUUUACGCAUAACUCGGAAACGCUAAGUAGUCUCGAACCCUGAGCAAACCCCUCUUUGGGAUUCUCAGAUCUUUUCUUUCCCCAGCGAGCGAGCAUGGCUGCCUUGGAGCUGUCCGCCGUGUCGUCGCGUCUAACCGCCGUGGACGCUACCGGCAUCGUUCAGAAGACCACUACCCUCAACGCCAAACCCGCAUUCUUCGGGACUUCCGUUCGCCACACCGCUAACGCGCCAUGCCAGCGCCGCUCGCGAGCCGCGCGUGCCGAGGCUCCCUCCGAGGGCGCGAAGGCGGGCGUGGCGAGCCGGCCGGCCGUGUCGCAGGACGCAGACUUGGCGCUGCAGAGCCAGCGCGUGAGCAGCGGCAAGUCGCUCGUGGCGCCCACGCCCAAGGGGUUCGUGUCGCGGUACGGCGACAACGAGCCGCGCAAGGGCUGCGACAUUCUCGUCGAGGCGCUCGAGCGCGAGGGCGUCCGCACGCUCUUCGCGUACCCUGGCGGCGCGUCGCUGGAGAUUCACCAGGCGCUGACCCGGUCCGACAACAUCCGCACGAUCCUGUGCCGCCACGAGCAGGGCGAGGUGUUCGCCGCCGAGGGCUACGCCAAGGUGUCGGGGCGCGUGGGCGUGUGCAUCGCGACGUCGGGGCCCGGCGCGACGAAUCUGGUCACAGGGCUGGCGGACGCCAUGCUGGACUCGGUGCCGCUGGUGGCCAUCACGGGGCAGGUGCCGCGGCCGUUCAUCGGCACGGACGCGUUCCAGGAGACGCCGAUCGUGGAGGUGACGCGCUCCAUCACGAAGCACAACUACCUCGUCAUGGACGUCGACGACAUCCCGCGCAUCGUGCGUGAGGCGUUCUUCCUGGCGGCGUCCGGCCGGCCCGGGCCGGUGCUGAUCGACGUGCCCAAGGACAUCCAGCAGCAGCUCGCGGUGCCCUCCUGGACCCAGCCCAUGCGCCUCAACGCCUACCUCUCGCGCCUCCCGCCGCCGCCGCAGCGCGCGCAGGUCGACCAGAUCGUCCGCCUACUGCGCUCCGCCAAGCGCCCCGUGGUGUACCUAGGCGGCGGCUGCCUGCACGCGGCGGACGAGGUGCGCGAGUUCGCGCGGCUGGCGGGCGUGCCGGUGGUGUCGACGCUGAUGGGGCUGGGCGUGUACGACCAGUCGGCGCCCGACGCGCUGCACAUGCUCGGCAUGCACGGCACCGUGUACGCCAACUACGCCGUCGACUCCUCCGACCUGCUGCUGGCGUUCGGCGUGCGAUUCGAUGAUCGCGUCACCGGCAAGCUCGACGCAUUCGCGGCGCGCGCGUCGAUAGUGCACAUCGACAUCGACCCGGCGGAGAUUGGGAAGAACAAGGAGGCGCACGUGAGCAUGCACGCGGACGUGCUGCCGGCGCUGGCGCUGAUCAACGACGCCAUCAAGGAGGAGGCGGCGGCGGGCCGCCCGCUGCCGUCGUACGCCGAGUGGCGCGACGAGUGCAUGGCGCAGAAGGCGCAGUGGCCGCUCAAGUACCCGCAGGUGUCAGACGCCAUCCUCCCCCAGGAGGCCAUUGAGAUGCUGUACGACAUCACCAAGGGCGAGGCGGUGAUCGCCACCGGGGUGGGGCAGCACCAGAUGUGGGCGGCGCAGUUCUUCAAGUACACGCAGCCGCGCCGCUGGAUCACCUCGGGCGGCCUCGGCUCCAUGGGCUUCGGCCUGCCGUCCGCGCUGGGCGCCAUGGCGAGCAAACCGGACCUCCCGGUGAUUGACAUCGAUGGGGACGGGUCGUUCAUCAUGAACGUGCAGGAGCUCGCCACCAUCACCGCGGAGAAGCUGCCCGUGAAGAUCAUGAUCCUCAACAACCAGCACCUGGGCAUGGUGGUUCAGUGGGAGGACCGCUUCUACAAGGCGAACCACGCACACACGUUCCUGGGGCUGCCCGACAACGAGGAGGAGAUCUUCCCUGACUUCACCAAGUUCGCCGCUGCCUGCAAGGUGCCCGCGGAGCGAGUCACACGCAAGGCGGACCUGCGGGGCGCGCUGGAGCGCAUGCUGGCAGCGGAGGGGCCGUACCUGCUGGACAUCAUCGUGCCGCACCAAGAGCACGUGCUGCCCAUGAUCCCGGGCGGCCGGACGUUCAAGGAUAUUAUCACGGAGGGAGAUGGCCGGCAAGAGUAUUAAUGGAGGGGAUGGUGGGGGGCCAGUAGGGUACACUCUAUACGAGCCCCAGCUGAGGGAGAUGUUGGGCUUGGGUUAAGGGUGUCUUUUGGGUUGCUUGCUUGUGUGUUUGUUCCUUCUGCUUAGGGAUGUAUGCUUGUUGAAUUUGCGCUGUAGAUCUUGUCCAUUAUUUCAGACGUUACGUGCACGCACCACGUAAGGAAUGAGUAAUUCCUUACUGAGACUUGCUACAGGGCGUACGAUUCGAACAGUCCCGAACCAUCGCCAGGGUUCCAGACCUUUCAGUUCGAGCCUCCUGGGCCUUUCCGGACCUUGCUACAACACAUCGAGACCCUUCGAUACCUU